GUAUGAUUUUUGAGUUUGACAUAUUAUAGGAAAAGAGGUUAUGUUGGGUCUAAGAUUUUCGAUAUUUCAGUAAAUAAUGUAUUAAUAUUAACUUCAUAACACCAGCACUGAUUGAUAAGUGGUUACAAAGUAAACUUAAAUCAUGGCAUUUGCAUCGUUACGUUUUAAUUUCCUGCAGAAAGUGGUGCAAACCGCAUCCUACACUACCCUGCUGAAGAGGCCUAUGGCAUAUAAAAGUUCAAUUUCUUUAGAAACAUUGUACCCUAAUAGCUCCUUGAAGCUCACAACACCUGCAUUUCAGCCAGACACCAAUGAGAAGUUCUCUGGCUUUAUACCCAUCGACAAACUAGAUAUUACAUACAGCGCUAGCUCGGGACCUGGAGGACAGAAUGUCAACAAGGUGCACACCAAGGUUGAUGUGCGAUUUAAGCCGAGUGAAGCAGACUGGCUUCACCCUGACAUCAAAGCUAAAUUAAUGGAACAGUUUGCCAACAAGCUAUCGAAGGAAGGCUACCUAAUCAUCAGGUCGGACACCACCAGGUCCCAACAGUUGAACUUGGCGGACUGUAUGCAAAAGCUUCGGAAAAUUAUCCGUGAAGCAGCUGUCACGAAGAGGGAACCUGCUCCUGAAACUGUAGAGAGGAUUAGACAGAGACAUCUGAAAGCGGCGCGCAUGCGUGUUGCAGUCAAACGCGAGGAAUCCAUGAAGCGCGCCAUGCGGCAGUCGCCCACUAUAGACUUAUGAUUUUUCUAUUAAAUUGGGCAUGCACGGCCUGCAUAUGUGCUGAACUCUGGGAUACUUACAAACUAUUAAAGAAGUUUAAGUACCUGUCAACGUCAUUAUUUGAUAAACUGCUUGAUAAAAAUAUUAACUUUUACAGUCUGUCAAAUAUGAAGUUAGAACAGUAAUCUCAGAAGUUCAGUUCGGCCGUAAAGUUUGACUGUUUUAUAGUUACUUCUUAAUAUAAUAUAGUUGUUUAGUUA